AUGGGUUCCACCUUCAAGAAGCCGCCUCAGGCCCCGCCGGUCUUCACUCAUACACCCGAAAGCUUGAUCAGUAACACGGAGAGGCUUCUAGCGAAGAACAAGGCGCUGCAAGACAAGAUCGUAAAGGAGGUGACUGCGGAGACAGCAGACUUCAAGAGCGUGGAGCUUCCAUUCGCGCAGGAUGACAAUGAGAUGGCACUGGAGUCGCACAUUAUCGGCUUCUACCAGGCUGUUUCGACCGACGCCAAGCUGAGAGAUGCAUCGACCGAGGCCGAGAAACUGAUGGAUGAUUUCUCCAUUGAGUCUUCGAUGCGAGAGGAUAUCUUCAAUUUGGUGGAUGCUGCGUACAAGAGGCAAAAGGACGACACUAGCCUUGAUGCGGAAAGCCGGCGAUUGCUGGAGAAGGACCACAAAGGCUACAUCAAAAUGGGUCUGGGCAUUCCCGCUGGUCCAAAGAGAGAUCGUUUCAAGGCGAUCAAGAAGCGCCUAUCCGAAAUCAGCAUCACAUUCCAGAAGACUCUCAACGAGGAGAAUGGCGGCCUUUGGCUGACGCCAGAGGAGCUCAAUGGUGUGCCUUCGGACGUUCUGGAGAACUUGCAGAAGGGUAUGGAAGGCACGCCAAGUGAAGGCAAGCUUUGGCUCACCUUCAAGUACCCGGAUCUCUUCCCGACGUUGAAGUACUGCAAGAAUGCAGACGUGAGACAGCAGGUCUUCAUUGCCAACGAGAACAAGUGCCCCGGCAACAUUGAGCUCUUUAAAGAAGCGAUUGUCUUACGUGAUGAGGCAGCUCGUCUCUUAGGGUACCCAAACCAUGCCACCUUCCGGAUCGAGGACAAGAUGGCAAAGACUCCCAAGACGGUCGAUGACUUCCUUGGCGACCUGCGGAAGCGCUUGGCACCUGGCGGUCUCAAGGAGAUUCAGAAACUGAAGGAGCUGAAGAAGGCUCAAACUGGCAACGCCGACAAGUACUUCCUAUGGGAUCACCGCUUCUACGACACUUUGAUGCUGGAGAAGGACUAUCAGCUGGAUCAGCAGCGGAUUUCAGAGUACUUCCCACUACAGACGUCGAUCAACGGCAUGUUGAACAUUUUCGAGGAGCUCUUUGGACUCGUCUUCGUCGAGAUCCAAGGCGAGCACCGCGAUCAGCUUUCCACGACCGGCAAGGGAAGUGAUAUCGUCUGGCAUCAGGACGUCCAGGUCUUUGCUGUGUGGGAUCAUGAGUCCGAGGGUGGCAAUUUCGUGGGGUAUCUAUACCUCGACCUAUUCCCACGUGAAGGCAAGUAUGGCCAUGCCGCCAACUUCAAUCUGCAACCUGGCUUCAUCAACGCGAAUGGCACUAGGUAAGCGAAAUACAGAUCAGCAAGGCAUUGUCCGGAUACUGAUAUUUCGCAGGCGGUAUCCUGCCACAGCAUUGGUCUGCAAUUUUAGCAAGCCGAGUCCCAAGAAGCCAUCGCUGCUUAAGCAUGACGAGGUGGUCACGCUCUUCCACGAGCUGGGACAUGGUAUUCACGACUUGGUCUCCAAGACCAUCUACAGCCGGUUCCACGGCACAUCGACCGUUCGCGAUUUCGUCGAAGCACCCUCGCAGAUGCUCGAGAACUGGUGCUGGACGCCAUCUCAGAUCAAGUCACUCAGUAGGCAUUGGUCGUACCUCACGCCCGAGUACACGCAGGCAUGGAACGAAAGCAACAAGGCGAUCCCGCAGCCGUCGGAGAGCAUGCCCGACGACUUGAUCAAAUCCAUCAUUGACACUCGUCACGUCAACGACGCGCUCUUCAAUCUGAGGCAAUUACACUUCGGUACCUUCGACAUGACGGUCCACGAGGCCUCGUCCCACGACGCCGUCAAGCAGCUAGAUGCAUCUGAGACAUACAACAAGCUUCGCAAGGACAUCAGCAAGCUCGACGGACCCGAAGAGCUGGGCAAAGGCUACCACUGGGGACAUGGUCAGGCUACUUUCGGACACCUGAUCGGUGGUUACGAUGCUGGCUACUAUGGCUAUCUCUCCAGCCAGGUGUACUCGGCCGACAUGUUCUACACCAUCUUCAAGAAGGAUCCCAUGAACGGCAGGGAAGGCCGUCGCUACAGGCAUACCGUCCUCGAGCGCGGCGGCUCUCAGGAUGAGAUGCAGACCCUCGAGGAGUUCCUCGGUCGACCACCUAGCACUGAGGCUUUCUACCAGGAACUUGGGGUGGCUUGA